ACAAUAAUCGCCACCAAUUGGUGUCCCAUAUCUGUGGCCAAAAUGGCAAUGAAUCCGUUAACAUCCGCUUGGGAUCCGUUGAACAGCACUGAUUGGGACAACGAGUCCAUCACUGGAACCACUUAUUUGCGGAUCAAAAAAGACUUGAGUUCAUUGAUAGUAACGGAUCCGUUGCCGGGAAUAAUAGCGGUUCCGCACGAGUCGGACAUCACCCGAAUCGAGGCACUCAUUACCGGACCCUUUGAGACGCCCUAUUGCGGCGGUUUCUUCAGGUUUAGUAUCCGAUGUCCUCCCGAUUAUCCCAUUCACCCUCCGCGUGUGAAACUACUGACCACUUGUAACGGAACCGUCAGAUUCAACCCAAACCUCUAUAAGAAUGGAAAAGACGUGGGCCGGUAUGUUAUGCCUUCACCAGUUUGGGUAUUGAAUAGUUUUAAUGUAGUGUUUGUGUCAACUCUAGGCCCGAGUUGGAGUCCAGCCCUCACUUUGUCAACAGUCCUCCUAUCAAUUCAAUCGUUAAUGAAUGACAAACCAUAUUAUAACGAACCCGGAUAUGGAAAGGAGUGCCCAAAUGUAAACCCAAAGGAUGUCGAGACCUAUAAUGAGAUAAUAUCUCACGAAACCAUACGAGUGGCCGUCUGUGAUAUGAUUGAUAACGUGAACACCGAUUCACACAACUGUCCCGACAUUUUAAGGAAAAAUAUUAGACUUUCGAUUGAGAGGUCUUUCGUCGAGUUUUAUCCGCAUUACGAAGAAGUGGUUCAGAAGAACGUGUUUCGGUCUCAACGAAAAAUGAUUGAUCCGUUCGGCGGCGAAGAGCGCGGAGUCUAUGAUUACAAUUUGUUGCUAAAAAGACUGCAAAAUUUAAAAGAGAAAUACGAAGUGAGCGCCCAGUUAUCCGAUGCCGACUCUGAGUCUGAUAUGGAUUGA